AACAAAUAGCUGCAAGACGUAAAGCACAAACUGAAGCUGAAAAAGAAAAACUUGAAACCUCAUCAACAACUAAAAAAUCAGCUAGUCCUUUAACUAAGACUACACCCAAAAGAUCAACCUCACAACUAGAAAAAGGCGAUGAUUUGACAGAAAGUGAUGAAAUCGAUGAAGAAUUCGAAAUAUCUGAUGAUUCAUUAGAAGAUUCAGACGAUUCAAGUAAUAAGAAAAAGAAAAAGAAAGCUGCACCAAAUAAAAAAAAAUCAAGUUCUAAAAAUUCUAAAUCAACGCCAAAAUCAACAAAAAGAAAGAAAUAUUCUAGUGAUGAAGAUUCAGAAAUAGUGGUUAGGAGUAAAUCGGGCAAAAAAAAAAAAAAUACUGGUGAUAACGACGAUGAUAAUGACGACGAUUACAAUUAUUCCGACGUAGUUGAUGAAGGUGAUUUAAAAGAAGAAGCCGAGGGUCUUGAUACAUCAAAUAUCAUUAAAAGUGAAAGAAGAACAAGAGGAAAACGAUUGAAUUAUAGAGAAAUGUAUGACGAUUCCAACGAUCUACAAUGGUAA